GUUGUGUUGUCCCAGUUAAAACCUGACUUACAAGAAAACGACACCAGUACAGGAUGGAGCUCACAUCAAUCUGCCUCAUGCUCUCCACGCUGAGCAUCACUCCGGACAGAUCCCAGUUCUUCCAGUACGAACAGAUCAGUCUGCACUGCGCUGCGGACUCCAGCGACUGGACGGUGAAGAGAAACACCACCCAGAAGUCCGCUCAGGCCUGCAAGCACGGCUGGGCGAUCCCGGACAAGUCGUCCUGCACCAUCGAGGACACCUUGCCGUCGGACACCGGCACGUACUGGUGUGAAUCUAAGCAGGGAGACUGCAGCAACGCCGUCAACAUCACAGUGACCUUCGGCGCUGUGAUCCUGGAGAGUCCCGCCCGUCCCGUGAAGGAGGGAGACAAAGUGACGCUUCGGUGCUCCUACAAGGAAGAAGAUGAUGGUGAAUCAACGUCCAACUUUGAGGCUGCCUUCUACAAAGACAACGUUUUCAUCGGGACGGAGAAUCCAGGAGCGAUGACCUUACCGGCGGUGACCAAGUCUGCCGAAGGCCUCUACAAGUGUAAACACCCGUCAGAAGGAGAGUCGCUGCCGAGCUGGCUGACGGUUAAAGCCAGAGAUCAGAGUGUGGCUGUUUCCAUGACGACUCCUCGGCCUCCUCCUCCUCCUCCUCCUCUCAUGUCCACCACCAGGGUCAUCCUUUUUGUCCUGAUGUUCAUCCUCUACAACAUCAUUCUGAUCGUGUGCAUAUACACGUACCGGAAGGUGGCGCGAGCCCACGCCGAGGCUAAAAGAAGAACUUCAGACGAGUGAUGAGUUCCGUUUCCUGCUGCAAAACGGACGAAGCUGAAGCUCAACGACUUAUAAACGGAGAUUAAACAGCCUGUUUAUGUUCUGAGCAUUAUUAUAGAGAAUGAGGUAAUGUGCUUUUUACUAUUUAACUUAUAUUUACGGUUCUAUAUGAUGCUUCUUUUUUUUUGUAAACUGAGAAAAUGUCAGUUUUUUGACACUGAAUAAUAUUUUUCUAUAACUGUCUUCCAAUAAAGUGUAACUGUGCAGCUC